AUGAGGCACUUUCCUAAGGGAAUAGAUGUUUACUUUGAGAACGUUGGAGGAAAUAUGCUGGAUGAGGUGCUUUUGCACAUGAAUCUCUAUGGUAGGAUUACAGUUUCGGGGAUGAUCUCUCAGUACAAUUUAAAGAAACCAUAUGGUAUCCACAACUUGUUUUGCCUUAUCACAAAGAGAUUACGGAUGGAAGGUUUCUCCGAGCUUGACUUCCAACACAAGGUUCCAGAAUACCUCGAGUUUGUUAUUCAGCUUAUAAGAGAGAAAAAGCUGGUUUUUGUAGAAGAUAUUGCUGAGGGUUUGGAAAAUGCUGCAUCAGCUUUCGUUGGUAUUUAUCACGGGCGAAACGUUGGCAAGCAGAUUAUCCAGGUUUCAACUCAUGACUGA